GUCUCAAAAUAGUUGGUAAAAUCUGGGAAUCAAUUUAAAAAUAAUGGGCUGGUGGAUAAAUAAGUUUACACGACCUUCUAACUCUUGCAGUUGUGGUGCUCUGUGCUAUCAUAUGGAGGAUGAUGAAAACGAUAUAUUUUAUCAAUCUUCCAAUAUAAUAUUUACCUUCAACCAUAUAAUAUACGACGUAGAUGACAUCUACAGUCUCACUUGUUGCGGCGUCAACAUCUUCAACGUUGAUAUGACGGCUGAAGAUGAAUCGUUCUUAAAAAACGUCACAGAUGUUAUUACUGAAUCCGAAAAUCUACCAAGAAUGUUUCCAUCUACAUACUACAGACCAACGGGUUUAUCAGUUACUAUGGACAUCAACAAAUCUGUACAAAUUAACGAAAGAGUGGAUAUCAUAUUAUUGAAAAAAGUGAAAACAGUUGAUGAAUUGCUAAGUUUUAAAAAGCAAAAUCCAAACUACAACAACAAAACAAUCGUGGUCUGGCUGACGAGGUGGACGAUUGAGGAAAUUAGUAUUGUUAAGUUUUCAGAUGGAGUUGUGUUAGAUCUUUUCGACGAUAAUCCAAGUUGGGAUGAAUUUUGUAACUGUCCUCUGGACUUUUGUAAAGAGAACCGAAAACCGGUUUUUUAUGUAAAAAAAUAUAUAAUAAAGGAAUAUUACCAACUGUCAAAUAGAGAACGGUUAAUAAAUGUAAUGGCUGAUGGAAUUGUUAAGAACCGCCUCGAUGGAAUAAUUGUAGUGGACGAUAAUUCGGACAAAAAAUUGCCAAAAGAAAUGAUUAGCUCUCUGAUAAGAGCACUUGAUAACUCUGAAAAAAAUAUUGACGUGUCCAAAGAAUAUUUUGAGAAAAGCUUUAAGACGAAAAUACCUCUGCUUGCACCUUUAUCUACAGCUUUUGCGGCAUCCCUGGCGGCUCUUACAAGUGGCGCCAGAGUAAUACUAGUACUAUCAGUCACCGGUGUUUCAUCUCAAUUGAUAUCUUUUACCUCACCCCCGUGUCAUAUCAUCUGUAUUAUAUCUAGAAAAUCAAUGGCUCGUCGACUACAUAUGUACCGUAAAGUCAUCCCAUUAUUCUGUAAAACGAAUCGCUCCACAAACUGGCAUCAGAAAUGUUGGAGUCGCAUACAUUUUGGCACGACUUUCGCUUUGAAGAUCGGUUUGCUGGAGCUUGGAGCCAAAUUAGUGGUGGUACAGCCCUCGGAAGAAGCAAAUGGAUAUUGUGAUUCUUUGCGAAUUUUGUCCAUUCCACUGCUGUGUGAUAAGUGAUAAGUUUUCAAAUUUUAUUUUAAAGUAUGAGUGCCUUUUUAUUUUCUUAACGAAAUAAGAUGAAACAUAUUUUGUCAUUUAUAAAUAUAUGGAGAAUAAUAAGACGCUUUUAAAAGUUAUGGAAUA